UCGUUACAAUGAUUUAAUUACAGCUCCAUAACUAUGGUUAAAGUUUUAUAAAUUUUAAUUGAAAAGAGGCUCGUGGAAAUUUGGGUUUCACACCUCUGUAUUUACGGUUUGGAUAGAAGAAGAAGAAGGAAGAAGGAAGGAAGAGAAGAAAAUAGUCCUGGGCUCAUAACGGGUUUAUACAGAGAGAAGAAGGAAGAAGGAAGAGGUCGUCGGCUUCACAAAACCAAAGGGAAGCUGAUUUUGUUGAUUUUUAGAGAGAGAAAAAGAAACGGAUUUUAUUGAUUUUUAGAGAGAGAAAAGGAAGAUGGUAUGGUGAUUUGGGAUUUUGAAGAUGGGUUUUCCUCUGAUUUUUAGAGAGAGAAAAGGAAGAUGGGAUGGGAUGCUGAUUUGGAACGAAGGAAGAGAAGAAAAUAGUCCUGGGCUCAUAGCGGGUUUAGAGAGGAAGGAAGAAGGACGAGGUCAUCGGCUUCACAAACCCUAAUGGAAAAAGCCCUAACUGAUUUUACUGAUUUUUAGAGAGAGAAAAGGAAGAUGGGAUGGGAUGCUGAUUUGGGAUAUUUUGAAGAGGGUUUUUCUCUCUGAUUUAGGAUGUUGUUUGAGAGAAAGCCCUAACUAGACCCUAACUGAUUUUUAGAGAGAGAAAAGGAAGAGGGUUUUUUAUUUUCUUGGGGAAACCACAUGAAGAGCUGAAGGACUAGGCAAAAGAAAGGGAAAGGAAAACUGCUUUGUCGUGAGUUUAUUGGGCCUGGUCUUACUGUAUUCUUGGUUGGAAGCAACAAAUAAAAGAAAUCCAGGUCUGUAAUUAAGGUGUUGUAGCUGUAUUACCAUGGGGAAGCCUAGUGGGAAGAAAAAGAACUACUCACAAUCAAAUUCUGGCGAUGCAUCAAUGAAGCAACAUAAAGCAAGUGAUCUCAACUCCAAAACCAUCGAUGAGGACAUGAUUGUGUUUAUUUUAAGGUCCCAGGAGUUAAAAGAAGAAGGCAACACUUUCCAGAAGAGAGAAUACUUUGAAGCCAGGUCUAAGUACGAGAAUGCCCUGAAACUACUCCCUAAAGGCCAUAUAGAUUGUGCAUACCUUCACAGCAACAUAGCUACCUGUUUCAUGCAGAUGAACCCUUCAAAGUAUCAGAAGGCCAUUAAUGAAUGUUGUAUGGCUCUUGAAGUUUCCCCUAAAUACACCAAAGCACUCUUGAAAAGGGCUAAAUGUUAUGAGGCUUUAACCAGGCUUGACUUGGCUCUUCGAGAUGUCAACAUAGUGUUAAGCUUAGAGCCAAAGAAUCUAACUGCUCUAGAGAUUGCAGAAAGGCUAAAACAAGCUUUACAGAAAAAAGGCUUUCCCCCAGACAAUAUCAGCACAAAGAAUGUGGUAGAACCGGUUUCUCAACGAACUCAAGUUAAAAUUUCAAAAGAGAAUGUAAUAGAACCAGUUACGCAGCAACCCCAAGUUAAAGGCUCAAAAGAGAAGUCAAGGAAAAAGAAGAUCAGCAAGAUUGAAGACAAGAUAAUUGUGGAGGAGACAGAUAACGCGAUUGUGGAGGAAAAUGUUAAAGUUGAACCUAUCAGGGCAGUGAAGCUGGUUUUAGGAGAGGAUAUAAGAUGGGGUCAGGUACCAGUGAAUUGCAACAUUAAGCAGUUAAGAGAGAUGGUUCGGAAUCGUUUUCCUUGUUCUAAAGCAGUCUUAAUUAAAUAUAGGGAUGUAGAAGGAGACUUGGUGACGAUUACAACCACUGAAGAGCUCAGAUGGGCUGAGGAAUCUGCAGACCCUCAGGGUUCCUUGAGGUUGUAUAUAUUCGAUGUUAGUCCUGAUCAGGAGCCUUUAUUUGAGGAUGCGAAUAAUGAGUCGGAAUCACUAAAACCCAAGGAAGCCGCAAAAGAAAAUGGGGUCUUGGCCUCAGACAAGGCACCUCAUAUUGAUGAUUGGAUUGUACAGUUUGCUAGGCUUUUCAAAAGUCAUGUGGGAUUUGAUUCUGAGGCUUAUUUGCAUCUCCAUGAUAUUGGUAUGAAGCUCUAUUCAGAAGCCAUGGAGGAUACUGUAACCAGUGAAGAAGCUCAAGGCUUGUUUGAAAUCGCAGCAGAGAAGUUCCAAGAAAUGGCGGCUCUUGCUUUGUUCAACUGGGGAAACGUCCAUAUGUCUAGAGCAAAGAGGAGAGUGUCUUAUGGAGAGGUUGUUCCAAGAGAGCUGAUCCUAUCACAUAUUAAAAAUGGUUACGAAUGGGCUCAAAGAGAAUACAACAAGGCUGGAGAGAGAUAUGAGGAAGCUCUCAGGAUCAAACCAGACUUUUAUGAGGGGUUUCUUGCUCAUGGGCAACAACAAUUUGAGCAAGCCAAACUAGGAUGGGAUUUUGCUCUUGGUAGCCAUGUGGAUUUAGAGACUUGGCCUUCUUCAGAGGUCCUUCAGUUGUUCAACAAUGCUGAGGACAAUAUGGAGAGGGGCACGAAUAUGUGGGAGGAGAUGGAGGAGAAGCGCUUGAAUGACCCAAAAAUUAAGGGGAAAACUGAAACACAAAAGAUAGGAGAAAAUGGGGUCACAAAGGAACUAUCUCCUGAAGAAGCUGUUGAACUGGUUGCAAAUAUGAGGUCACAAAUCAACCUCUUAUGGGGUACUAUGCUUUAUGAGCGCUCUGUUAUAGAAUUUAAAUUGGGCUUACAAGUCUGGGACGAAUGUUUGGAAGCUGCUGUUGAGAAAUUCAAACACGCCGGUGCUUCCCCAACUGACAUAGCUGUCAUGAUAAAGAACCACCCUUCAAAUUCAACUGCUCUAGAAGGCUUGAAUUUCAAGAUUGAUGAGAUAGUUCAGGCAUGGAAUGAAAUGUAUGAUGCUAAAAGGUGGUUGAAGGGUGUUCCUUCGUUCAGGCUAGAGCCUUUAUUUCGUCGGAGGGUUCCAAAAUUGCAUCGUGUUUUGGAACAUGUAUGAUUUGUUCAUUUAUUUAUUCUGGUGUGAGGUAGAAUUCAAAAUUCCUAUUAGGCAAUAUUUGGGCGAUUGUGGGCCUUUGUUUUUAUUUAGAUUCGUUGUCUGGAAGCAGAAGAUGUAUAUUGCUUUAAACAGGCUUGAAUUUCAAGAUUGAUGAGAUAGUUCAGGCAUGGAAUGAAAUGUAUGAUGCUAAAAGGUGGUUGAAGGGUGUUCCUUCGUUCAGGCCAUUAAAGCCUUUAUUUCGUCGGAGGGUUCCAAAAUUGCAUCAUGUUUUGGAACAUGUAUGAUUUAUUCAUUUAUUUAUUCUGGUGUGAGGUAGAAUUCAAAAUUCCUAUUAGGCAAUAUUUGGGCGAUUGUGAGCCUUUAUUUUUAUUUAGAUUCGUUGUCCGGAAGCAGAAGAUGUAUAUUGCUUUAAACAGGUAAAUUCUACUCCUUUAAGAUUUUUAUUUAUUUAUUUAUUUAAUUCUAGAAGCAGAAAAAUGUAUUUAUUAGAAUGUGAAGUUUUUCAAUUCUCCUUUUUAUUAUAUGAUUAUUCUUUUCCUACAA